AACGCCGUACCGACUUGCUUCCCAAACCUGUAGCCAUAUCUCGUGACAGCCUGUACGUUAAAACUCUAUGGAUUCGCCACGCAUGACAGGUGGUAGCUGUAAUAUCUUACAGGAAGCUACCAAUCCUGUCAAAAAAAGGGUCAUGGGACCUAUUUCAUAAUCUCCGUGUAAUCUUUAUACUUGGAACCCCCUCCCCUAUAAAGGAUGCACGCUAGAAAAUUGUGAGCCUGCUGUGUACAUCGAAACCACUCAUACCUAUUGGCGAGUAAUUUCCAAAUGUCCGUCGAUGAAGAAAAAAAGCAAGAAUCCUUCAACGAUAAUGCCGAACCCGCGAUACAGGACGGUGACGAUUUCGAGCUGUUGACCGCCGAACAUAGAGCUGCAGGAGAAAGGAAGCUCUUGAGGAAACUCGAUAUGCGAUUGAUGCCAACUAUCGUUGUGAUAUAUCUCAUGAAUUAUAUUGACCGUGUUGCUGUUACUUCCGCGAGGUUGAAAGGAUUAGAGGCGGACUUAGGUUUGACAGAUGUUCAGUAUGACACUGUCGUCGCAAUUCUCUACGCAUCCUAUUGUCCGGCCCAGAUACCCUCAAACAUAAUCUUGAAUCGCGUUACCAGGCCUACUCUAUACAUUGGCACCUGUGUUGUACUGUGGGGAUUGACCAGCGCAAUGACAGGGAUCACCAAAAAUUUUGCGGGCAUUAUGGCGUGUCGUGUCUUCAUCGGCUUACCAGAGGCUGCUUUUUAUCCCGGCUGUAUGUAUCUUCUAUCUAGCUGGUACACGAGAAAGGAGCUUGCAUUCCGCUCUGCGAUCCUUUAUGCCGGAUUGAUGGUUUCAAAUGCUUUUGGCAGUUUGAUAGCUGCAGGUAUUCUCGGAAACAUGCAAGGCGCCAUGGGCAUAGCUGCAUGGAGAUGGCUCUUUUACAUCGAGGGUGCUAUUACCAUGUUCGUAGGCUUCCUGACCAUGUGGCUUCUACCGGAUUAUCCUCACAAUACACGUUGGUUAUCACCAGCGGAACGCCGUCUUGCGCAAGUACGUCUCGCAGAAGAUGCUGGAGAAGCUGACCAUGACUCCGCUAAUGAAUCGGUAUUCGCCGGUUUCAUCAUGGCAAUCAAGGAUCCCAAAGUUCUCGUCUUCAUGCUUAUGGGAUGCUCACAGUUGCUGGGACUCAGUUAUAUAAACUUUUUCCCGACGUUAACAGCAACCUUGGGUUUCAAUACAACGAUUACUCUUCUUAUGGCUCAUAGAACUGGGGAGCGUUUCUUCCAUAUUACAUCGUGGUGGUGGGCUGUCAUACUUGGGUACAUCAUCUCAUUGUGCACCAUGUCCAUUGGUGGGAGGUACUUCUCCUUGUUCCUCAUGACUAUCGGGUCUACAUCAGGUUAUUCAAUGACUUUGGUUUGGGUGUCAAAUGCAGUGCCCAGACCUCCAGCUAAAAGGUCGGCAGCGAUGGGUCUUGUAAAUGGGUUUGGAAAUCUAGGGAACUUGAUGGGGUCAUAUAUAUGGAAGUCUAAUUGGAGUCCUGAAUACCACCCUUCAAUGAUUAUUGCGUUGUCGGGCUUGGCAUUUGCCUCUUGUCUGAAUUUCGUUAUUCGCUGCAUGCUGAUUCGAGAAAACAAACAGAUAGAAAAAGAUGAGUUAGAGCAUAUGGAAGGACCAGGACGUGAGCGCAUCGAAGAAGCAGCGAGGUUGGAAGGUAUCACAUUUGGCGAAGCUGUGCGGCGGAGACGAGGAUUCCGGUAUUUGUAUUGAGCAGAUAUUGGCAUGACCGAUAGACUCGAUGAAGAUGAAGUCAGUAUGAUGGCUUGAAUGCGUGCCAUAGCAACUAGAUUUAAGCCAUUUUGAUCAUAAACUGUCAAUGUGAAUUAUGACCAUCACAAUUACGACUGAAGGACAAC